GUCCACAGCCAGCGUCCUUCAAUGCUUCGUCGUUGGCUGAUAAGGCCAUGACAUGAGAACCUUAAUCCACACCUUGCUCUUUUGUGGGACGUGCAUGGAUGGUUGUGCUAGGUGGUUUUAGCGCAAAAGUAGUUGAUGGGGCAAGAUGGCAUUUUGGGUAAGCAAGGAGUUCCUGGAAUAGUGAUAAUGGAGGACGUCUUCUGAAGUGUAGUGAUGAGAAUAAAUGAUUUCUAAAGAAAAAUGGCCAUAAAUAUACUUGGAAAAGAGACAAUAUAGUGAGGAGGAGAUUGUAGUGCAGGAAUAGUGCCAUGAAAGGGUGACAGAGAGCAACUAUAUAGCCAGUACAGCAUAACUGAUUGGUUUAGGUCUAGCUGGCUUUGCUGCGCAAAGGUUUUGAUGUCUUGGGACAUGUUGCUAACAAAGGACAUUCUCAGGCAACUCCAGAAGGGUGCCGUACCCCAGACCUAUCUCAGAGGACUUGCAGCGAUUGGCUUAUCUCGAAAUUCAGUUGUUCUUAAGGGGAAGAGUGAUGGUAUAACUCAUGGUAACAGAAAACUCUCUAAUGGCAGUAUAAGACGCUUUGCUCCUGUAAACCAGAAGGUUCCUGUUUUAUUGGUUAGAAAUGGAGUCCUCUUACCGACGCAGACGUCUAUCCUGACCAUGAACCAGUCUUGUUCAUACCACAGUCUUGUACGUAGUGUAAAUUCAUACCAAAGAAGGGAGAAUGAUCUCCUGAGUAGCUUCCUCACAGUCAGUGCGACAAAUGCAGUGUCAAAAAGAGAUCUCUCCAUGGCAUGGCUCGAAAGUCUUACCAUCUUCCAGGCAUCUUGGUUUCAAUCCUUAGCUGAGUCUCGGUUUGUUGAGGGGCUGAUGAGUGGCUUACAGGUUAUCCACGAUUCCCUGCACAUCCCAUGGUGGUCGUCCAUCAUCAUUUCCACCAUAAUGCUGAGGGGCCUUUUGACUUUUCCACUCGCGGUUUAUCAGAAUUACAUAUUAUCCAAAGUUGAAAACCUGAAAGGAGAACUAGAUGUGUUAGCCAAGGAGCUAGGGAGAGAGACUGCUCUUGCCACCAAGAAGUUUGGUUGGACUCAGACCCACGCUCGAUAUAUGUUCCACAGAUCUUUAAGGAAGUUGCGGAAGGAGCUGAUCAUCAGGGAGAAUUGUCACCCGUUUAAAGCAAGUUUGGUCCUUUGGUUCCAGAUCCCACUGUGGGUUGGGAUGUCCGUAUCGUUACGGAACAUGGCGUCGAUGAUGCCUCACCAGGAUACGGCUGCCCAAAUCCUCUAUCUCGAGCUGAGCACCGGCGGAGUCUCCUGGAUACCAAAUUUAAUAGAAGUCGACCAUUCCCUCAUCUUACCUUUUGCCAUGGGGAUCACAAACCUUCUCAUCACAGAGGUCAACGCACUUAGCAGGGUAUCAAAAUCGAGAAUGCAGGUUAUUUUAACGAACGUAUUUCGUGGCAUCAGUAUUGCAAUUAUUCCUCUUGCUGCAACUAUGCCCUCGUGCGUUGUGUUGUACUGGGUAACUUCAAGUGUGUGCGCCCUCAUCCAGAAUCUGGCUCUGAUGCAUCCGCAGCUUCGGCAGGCUUGUGGCAUACCAAAGACGCCCUCUCAGAUGCCUAAGCCCUAUCAACAUUUAUUGUCACAAUUCCAGAACAGAUUCACAAGAAGAAAAUCGUGAUAGUCAAGAAGAGAAAGUCAGAAUUACCAAAGACUUCUGACACAAAGCAAAUCAUUUCUUAUACAUAUGUAUAUAAUGACUGUUCAUAGUUUUUUAAAAUAAACAGUGAUAAUCAGAAUUCAUUUUGCUAAUCCUUGUUCCUUUAUUUGAAACUAAAACAUAGUAGAAAUAUCAAUUUGCCAAAAAAAAACUUGCAUAAUUAUCUUUCCAUAAAGGAGCCUUGUAUCUAACAUAUAAAAGCACGUCUAUUAUUAUUUCAUCAGACCUACAAUAUCCCAUUUCAUGGAUUUCAUAAUGGUUACUACAUAUCUAUGGUACAAAUACAGCUUCAUAAUAAAGAUA